AUCGUGCCCAGCAACGUUUCGAACCGCUCAGCUCGAGCCAUGCUUGAUGUGACCCUUUCCAGGUUUUAUCCUUGAUCACAAGUGGAUGUUUCGCACGAUCCAUUGAAUUGUAUUGGAACCGCGAAUCUCGUACUCUAUCGGUCUCAAAUGCUUGCUAUUGUUUUGAUUUUCAUACUCGCAUCGGUUCCUUGCGUUGAUCCAGAGCUUGUUCUCGCAUCAGAUCCCUCAUUGGAUCCAUGCCAGUUGCGUGCACAGCCCAGCAGCUCUCCUUCAUGUCAACUUGACUUUCGGCACCAGCCAUCACGAGAGAAAGGCCUUCAGGAGGCAAGUGCCAACAGUCAGAGGCCUUUCGUAGCCUCUCUUGGCAUGUCUCCAUCCCUGUCCGCCGCUUUGUCACGGGCCCUGCUGUUUGCUUCACUUAGCCAUCAAGAUCGCAAAAGGGAUCACUUCUAUGUAGCCAAGACCGCUCGAAGGAGCAAUUCUGGUAGUUAGUGCCGCUCCAAGUUCCCAUCUGUGGUUUCCAUGUUUCUUUUCCGAAGGCUGGGCAUUCACCGUGCUCAAGCCAUCCCAAAAAGAUGUUGACAUGGGAGAAAAUAUGUAUAAGUAGAUUGCAGCCUACCGACAAUAUCUGUUAUUCCCAUCAUCGCAUUUCACUUCUUCACUCAGCUAUCAUUCAAUCUUUCUGAUCUUAUUUCAUUCUUUAUAAUACUGAAGACUUUUGCUGGCCACUAGUCUUUCCACAGUUCAAGAUGCUUUUCAAAUCUAUCAUCAUGGCCAUGGCCGCCGCUGAGCUCGUUGCUGGCCACGGAGCAAUUAUUAAGGCAGUAGGAGAUCAGGGUGGAGAAGGCAUGGCCCUUGGUAUUGACCCCUCCACUCCUCGUGAUGGUUCCAACCGCAACCCUUUCCAGCAGGACUCCACCCGCUUCAAGAAUGCUGCGGCCGAUCAAUGUGGAGAGACUCUGGGAGGCGGAACCAAUGAUCCAGCCACACAAGUCCCAGCUCAGCUUGCUGCCAAUGGUGGAAACAUGCCACAGAUCUCUCCAGGCGGGGCGGUCAUGAUGACUCUUCAUCAAGUCAACGGUGAUGGUGCUGGACCAUAUGACUGCAUGAUUGACAGCACUGGCACUGGAACUCAGUGGACCAAUAUGCAAGUUGCCACCAACGUUCCUGGCGAAAACUCAAGAAGCAGAGCAAGGGCCACUGAUUUCCCACUGACUGCCAAGGUUGCCGCUGAUCAGACCUGUACCGGGUCUGUCGCUGGCAUGGAAGGUGUCUGUAUGGUCAAAUGCCAAAACGCAGCCAGAGCCGGUCCUUUCGGAGGUUGUGUUCCAGUCCAGAUGGCUGGUGCCAACGCCACUGCUGCCGCGAAGAAGGCGCGUUCCGAGAGGACACAGCUUUUCCGCGCAUAGGGUGGUUCCUCUGUCUGUCAGAAGCCUUGUCGCUGGCUGAGUCGAGGCUUGGAUAAUGUUUUGAUUAGGAUUUGCAUCAUUCUUUUAGCGAUUUUGGCAAGGAAGGGAGCAUCGUUCAUUCAGCCGGUCCUUACGUUUCAAGCCUUGAUAUCAAUAGUAUUGCGUAUUUCAACUUUAGAUUGUCCCCAGUGCUGUGUGUGUACCCUGAAUAAUAC